GGAAAUAUUCUCCAAUCAAGGCACAGUCAGAUGUUCGUUCGGAUAACGGGAACUUAAAGUGUCUCCUAGUUGCUCUCAACGUUUAGAGAAUAGACUGCUACCUUGACUGUUUUCCAUGGUAGCUGAUGGCGACCCAAGCACAUCGUUUCCCAUUGAAAACCCACCUCAGUAUGGGUGAAUUCGACGAAAUCAACGGCUCUCCUUCUGAGGAGAGUCUACUUUCGUCUUCGUUGUCUGGGUAUAAGGAUGAGAAUGUGGAACAUGCUCGGAAGUCAUGUCAGCACAAGUGUUUCUGGACUGUCGUAUUUGCUUUCGGCUUGUCGGUAAUGCUGAAUCUCGGACUGCUCGGCCAUUUGUUCUACAGAAGUGAGCAACCAAGGCGGGCAACUUGGAAUCAAUUGAGCUCAGCCAAGAGUUCGUUUGCCCUCUAUUCUCCUGCUAAUGAUGCUAUUGAGUAUCAAUUGACCAAAUUUGCGAGCUCGGUAGAAGGAGGCGAAAGCGAUUUCCAGGGAAGGCCUUCGAUGAAAACCAAUCAGGCUUGGCAGAGUUUGUACGAAAACAUGUUCACGCACAUCACGGAAGAAGAGGCACGAAUGCUACCAAAUAAGACUGCACCCGAACUUGAGUCUGAGGGGAGCGGAUACCUAGUCGUCCUCAAUGUCUUCCACGAUCUACAUUGCAUGGAUAACAUUCGGAAGGGGCUCUACUACUUCCUCGAACCGCAAUGGAACACCACACAUAACCCAUACCUCUUAUACCCAUCACCUGAAGCGGCGCUUGAAGAUCGCGGGGGCGAUCACUUAAGUAUUACGCACCUAGACCAUUGCAUAGACUCACUCAGGCAGUCAAUUCAGUGCACGGGAGAUGUUGUACCAAACGUUUUCCAAUACAGUCUAGAAUAUGGUGAUGUUAGGGCUCGCUCUACUGUUGUGCACGAGUGUCGUAAUUUCAGCAGGAUUCAGGAGUGGGCUGCUCAGCACCACGUCCCAGGCCCUUUCAAAGACUUUGGUAAAGGCCCCGAGCUCAGAAAGUGUGGCAUUGACGACCCGUGGGCUUGUUUGUAUAAAUAGAUUUCAGAUAGUUUCUCUACGCAAGCUUGUUGUCUUAUUCAUUGUGAAGUUUGUUCAGUAACUCCAAAGUUGCAGUAAAUGUCGCAACACUGAACCAACUGCAUAGCGGGAUCUACCAGGGAGGGGGUGGGCACCACAUCCCUGCACCCCUUGCACAACGAGGACCCAGUCCAUAGGUGGUAACUAGCCCAACUAGGAAGCUGGGAUUGAGGUUCGCGCCUCAGCCCAGGCGGCUUGCCCUGCAUUUUAUGUUAGUACUUUAGCAAGGGCUAUUGGCUGUGUGCUUACAAAACAGUUAACCUUCCCUCUUACAUACUUUUCUUGGCACGCACUGUUAGUGCGUACGCAUGCACAUCACCAAAAUCCUUAACAACACCAAUUAC